CGGAUCUUCCUCAGCCAAUCAGAAUUCAGCUGGGAUCAACGCCUGCUCAGCUCAACGCUGGCCAAAGUCGGCAUUCCGCUGUGUCUCUGAAAGGCGUUUAACCGCUGAAAAAAUUGGUAUUUUUCACAAAAUAUUGUGUAGUAUUUGUCAACAUUGUACGCGGGGUGCAUGUGAGAGAGAUGGGACGAGAGAAGGAUGCAAAAGGAGGUGAAGGAAAAGCCAAAGAAAAAGCAACCAAGCUGAAAAAGCUGAGUGAUUAUGAUAGCGCUGGUGCCGGUGGGGAUACGAUUAAGAACAGCACAAAGUCAACUAAAUCUACAGAGAAAACCGGUAAUGGAAAAUCACAGAAGAAGGGCAAGACACCUAAGACAGAGACCCUGGAGUCAGCCUACAGUCCCAGCGAGUCGGUUAAACAAGAGCCAGUGGACAACGACUUUACUGCAGUGAAAAAAGGGUUGAAAAGGAAAAGACUUAAGGAUGAGCCCACGGAAGGUCCUUCAGAUUCCACUGUUACAGCUUUCUCAGAGAAAAAAAAUAAGCAAGAUGGGGCGAAAGAAGAAAGUGAUGUGGAAGCUGAAAAAAAGAGGUCAAUGAAAAGAACAGUAAAGACUGUAAAGAAGGAGGAGCAUCAAGAGCAUCCCGUCUCCAAAAAACCGAAGAGGACAAAGGAGGAGGUUGAAGAGGCAAGACAGUUGAAGAUCAAAAAGAAGGAGGAGGAGGAGAAGAGUCGCUGGAGAUGGUGGGAGGAAGAGAAGUAUGAAGAUGGGGUGAAAUGGAAGUUCCUUGAACACAAUGGACCGUACUUCCCUCCAGAGUACCAGCCUCUGCCAGAUAAUGUUCACUUCUACUAUGACGGUAAGAAGGUGAAGCUGAGCCUUGCAGCUGAGGAGGUGGCGUUGUUCUUUGCCCAGAUGUUGGACCAUGAAUACACAACCAAGAAGGUGUUUCGGGAGAACUUCUUUAAAGACUGGAGAAGGGAAAUGGCCCAUGAAGAGAGGUCACUCAUUAAAGAUCUUGACAAGUGUGACUUUGGAGAGAUCCAUGCUAUGCAUAAAGCCAAGGUGGAGGCCAGGAGAAACAUGACCAAGGAAGAGAAACUGGCUUUGAAAGAGGCCAACCAGAAGAUCGUGGAUGAGUUCGGCUACUGUCUGCUGGACCAUCACAAAGAGCGCAUAGGCAAUUUUAAGAUUGAGCCCCCAGGCCUGUUCAGGGGUAGAGGCGAGCAUCCCAAACAGGGCAUGCUGAAGAAAAGGAUCCAACCAGAGGAUGUCAUCAUUAACUGCAGCAAGGAGGCCCGUAUCCCUGUGCCACCUGCUGGUCACCACUGGAAAGAGGUUCGACAUGACAACACGGUGACGUGGCUGGCCAGCUGGACUGAGAACAUCCAGGGCUCCAUUAAAUACAUCAUGCUCAAUGCCAACUCAAAACUCAAGGGAGAGAAAGACUGGGAGAAAUAUGAGGUUGCUCGGAAACUGAAGUCGUGUGUGGACGAUAUCCGUAACCAGUACCUCCGGGAUCUCAAAUCUAAACAGAUGAACACACGGCAAAGAGCUGUGGCCCUCUACUUCAUAGACAAGCUGGCAUUGAGAGCUGGUAAUGAGAAGGAGGAGGGUGAGACGGCCGACACGGUGGGCUGCUGCUCGCUACGCGUCGAGCACAUCACCCUCCACAGUCAACUUGACGGCAACGAGUGUGUGGUGGAAUUCGACUUCCUGGGUAAAGACUCCAUCCGUUAUUACAACAAGGUGCCUGUCAUCAAGAAGGUUUUUAAGAAUCUUAAGCUGUUCUUGGAGAAUAAGAAGCCUGGAGAUGAACUCUUUGACCGCCUUAAUACAAGCAUGCUGAACAAGCACUUGAGCUCUCUCAUGCUAGGUCUGACUGCCAAGGUCUUCAGGACAUACAAUGCCUCCAUCACUUUACAGCAGCAGCUCAAAGAGCUCACAAACAACUUGGACAGUGUGGCAGAGAAACUGCUGUCCUACAACAGGGCUAACAGAGCUGUUGCUAUUCUGUGUAACCACCAGCGGGCACCGCCAAAGACAUUUGAUCAGUCUAUGGCCAACCUUCAAGCCAAGAUUGAGGCUCGAAAGGAACAGCUGGCGCUAGCAAAGACGGAGCUGAAACAGGCCAAGAAGGAUGCCAAGACCAAAGGCAGCCCAGAUCCCAAGCUGCAGACGCUGGUGGAGCGGAAGAAGGCAGCAGUCAAGCGUUGUGAAGAGCAGCUGCUGAAGAUGGAGGUUCAGGCGACUGACAGAGAAGAAAACAAACAGAUUGCUCUGGGUACCUCCAAGCUCAACUACUUGGACCCACGCAUAAGCGUGGCUUGGUGUAAGAAUAUGGAGGUACCUGUAGACAAAAUCUACAACAAGACCCAAAGGGAAAAGUUUGCCUGGGCCAUCGACAUGACAGAGGCAGACUUUGAGUUCUAACUUUAAACUGGUAAAACUCCACUUUGAUAAGCUGACACUAAGAUGCAAUUACGGAAUUAUUCCACUUUGUAAUACAUAUAGUACUUUAAUAUUGCAUUUAUAAUAUGUUCAUAGACAAUCGUGUUGUACUUCAUGAGAUUAUGACACGUGUUUACUGCUGCUCAUUUCUGUUUGAUGCUUUUGGCACUUUAUUUUGAAGAUUACUGUUGGUUAGUUGUUUGGUUUGUAUGUUUUGUGUUCGCAUUAAUUUGAAUAAAGGUUCCUACCAUGCA